UGUAAUGGCGUAUCAAACAAUUUACUUUGAAAUUUCUUACCGGAAAUUGAAAUGCUGAUCCAAUAUACUUGACGAUUCCGGAGAAGGUAUGGAAGUUCUCGUUUCCUCGGGAGAUAUCAGAGCGUUGAUGCGCGGAGAGGGAAUUACGUGCAUGUCUCCUGAAAACCAGCGACCAAUUAAUAAUGGCCUAAUAAUCCACGCCAGUGAUCAUGUGUGGAUGUGUAGUCCAAAACAAAAAAGGCGUCUACACCUGCUGAGCGUUCCGUCGUUUUGUAAGUCACUAGCGUGUUUAGUCUUUGCAAAUUUGAUUCAUUAUGCAUACCAUCUUGACCCCACCCCCCCAACCCUCCCCCGCCUAGGCUUGCUACUGCAGAAGAAAAGCAGCCCGCUGAAUUUUAAGUGACCUCCUGCUCCAGAUACCAAGAUGGGGAAUGGAUUAUCAGAACUCACCUGCCCCCUGUCUUUCCAGCCUCUGCACAUUGUCAUACUUGGAUUGGAUUGCGCUGGCAAAACCACAGUGCUGUAUCGGCUGCGAUUCAAUGAGUUUGUGAACACCGUCCCGACAAAGGGUUUCAACGCGGAGAAGAUCAAAGUGUCACUCGGGGAUCACCGGCGGACGACGUCCUUCCACUUUUGGGAUGUAGGCGGUCAAGAGAAACUGCGACCUCUGUGGCGUUCGUAUACCCGCUGCGCCGACGGCAUCGUGUUCGUGGUGGACUCUGUGGACGCCGAGCGCAUCGAGGAGGCGAAAACGGAACUGCACAAGAUCACCCGGCUGGCGGAGAACCAAGGGGUUCCCGUGCUGGUGGUGGCCAAUAAGCAGGACUUGAGGAACUCGCUUAGCAUGACUGAGAUGGAGAACAUGUUGGCCCUCGGGGAGCUUAGCGCGGCCACGCCUUGGCACCUGCAGCCGGCUUGCGCCAUCAUCGGCGAGGGCCUGCCGGAAGGGCUUUGCAAACUGCACGCGAUGAUCACAAAGAGGCGGAAGACGCUGCGACAACAGAAGAAAAAGAAGAAGAGGAGAUAAUUAAGAUAUCCUUUAUUUGUCCCGCAAUGGGGAAAUUUACAGUCAGAGUUCAGAAACAAUGCGCACAUUGUUGGAAUUAUAAAAUGUGACAUGCAUGAGAAUGAUUGUUUUUCCCCCCCACAUCCUGUGGUCGGAUCGCUGAGUGGAACGCUUGUUCGGGUCAGUUAGCAUUGGGCUCCGAUCAAGUACAAACUGAUCAAUUUUGCCCUGUGGAUGAAUCUGUGAAAAAAUACGGAUGGAAGUACAGUAUUACCAAACUAUUUUUAAGACCGUAUUGGCCCGAAUAUAAGACGGCGCUGAUUAUAAGACGACCCCCUCUUUUUCAAGACUCCAGUUUGAAAAAAGACUUUUGACCACCAAAUUAAUUUUUACAGAGAAAAUAAUGACAGUACAUCUGAAACGAAUAAUUCUAACAAUAUAUUUGAGAGAAAAAGCAUGUUAUUUUGCCUCAUUCAAAUUUUAAUUUCUGAACAUUUAAAUAUGUAAACUAAAGUGCAAUUACAUUCGUAAAUGAAUGGCUUCUGGUUUUUGAAAUGUAAAUGACAUCAGAACUUCUCCUCAGCUGCCGGUUUACCUGGCCGAUCUUCGACCCACUUUUCUCCAGAUUGUCGCUAAGUUAUCUCUUUUAUUAUUUUCUUCUCUUUGCUUUCUCACCGUUAUGUUUUGUUUUUCUUCUUCACGCUACCGCUAUUUUUAUUAUUAUUCUUCGUGACAGGCGUUCGCUUUGGCCUGGGGAGUCAAGUUCAGCAUUCGCUUCAAUGGUAUCUGCCGCCAUCUAGCGUCGUAAAUGGUUAUAAUGUCUAGACCCCGAAUAUAAGACGACCCCCUACUUUUCUUAUUUCAAUGCAAAAAACACCGUCUUAUAUUCGGGCCAAUACAGUCGGUUUGAAUUAAAAUGUUACAGAUGGCGAGUGCACUGCCAAUCUCAUGCUGUCAAAACAAUCAAUUUCUGUAUUUUGACGAUAUACCAAAGCUUGUUAUUGGAGAAUACAGAUCGGGACACACUGUAUCGUUUCGAAAUGCAAUCAAAUGUAUAUUUUGUGACUCUGCAGGAAAUGUUGUUGUCAUUGUUGCACAAAGAUUUGUGUCUUUUGGACGUUUACAUGAUGAAGACAGGAAUGCACAAUGUGACACAAUAAGACUCCAAAUAUUUUGACCAGCGUUGUACAGAGAGCCAGAUCUUGAACAUUGUGUCCUUUCGCACAAAAACACACAACUUAUGUUGUCCUUCUGAUGAGGCUGAUAGCUAUUACUGGUGUAUUAAAACUACUA